AUGCCUUCCUUCACCUCCAAGACUCUCCUCGCCGCUUUGGCCGGUGCCGCUGCUGUCAACGCCCACGGCCACGUCAAGAACGUUGUCGUGAAUGGUGCCUCCUUCCAGGGCUACGACAUCAACAGCUUCCCUUACACUCAGAACCCCCCCAAGGUUGCCGCCUGGACCGCUUCCAACACCGACAAUGGCUUCGUUGGCCCCGAGUCUUUCGCCUCUAGCGACAUCAUCUGCCACAAGAACUCGGCCAACGCUCAGGGCCGCAUCGUUGUUGCCGCGGGUGACAGCGUCUUUGUUCAGUGGGACACCUGGCCCGAGUCUCACCACGGCCCCGUCAUUGACUACCUUGCCUCGUGCGGUAACACUGGCUGCGACAAGAUUGAGAAGACUGCUCUCGAGUUCUUCAAGAUCGCCGAGGCUGGUCUUGUCAACGGUGCCCAGGCCCCUGGCCGGUGGGCUUCCGAUGUCCUCAUUGACAACAACAACAGCUGGAUGAUCAAGAUUCCCACCAACAUCCGUCCCGGCCAGUACGUCCUUCGCCACGAGAUCAUCGCCCUUCACUCCGGCGGCGACCUCAACGGCGCCCAGAACUACCCUCAGUGCUUCAACAUUGAGGUCACUGGUUCCGGCACUGUCCUUCCCCAGGGUGUCAAGGGUACUUCCCUCUACACUCCCACCGACGCUGGUAUCCGCUUCAACAUCUACCGCUCCCUCGACAGCUACCCCAUCCCCGGUCCCGCUCUCCCCGCCGGCUUCGCUCCCGUUGCUCAGGGCUCCUCCGCCAUCGUUUCCUCUGCCACCGCUAUCACCGGCGCUGCCACCAACGCCCCUGCUCCUAUUGCCACCACCACCGCUGUCAACGUUGUCCCCAGCCCUACCACCAUCGUCACCUCUGUUGUCCAGACCUCUGCUGCUCAGACCUCUGCUGUUCAGACUGCCGUGCCUGUCCAGACCAGCACUCGUCCUAUCAGCACCCGCCCCCAGCCUACCCGCUGCCCCGGUCUCGGUCGCCGCCACCUCCGCAAGGUCGCCCGCGCUUAA